AUGGAGGUAAUUGAAGAUAAUAAUUCUAAAAAAUGUAUUGUCAUACAGCAAGGUACCAAUACAACAAUUGCUGGAUUUAAUAAUUCGGAUCUACCACAAUGUGUCAUCCCAUCGACUUAUAUUUAUGACAAGCAAGAAGAUAAAAUGAUAUUUGGUCUAUAUGACAUGCUUGAUAUUGCUACGUCACUGGAAGACGCCGAUAGGUAUGAAGUGUUCACAAUUCUUGAUAAAAAUGGUAUACCAUAUAAUUGGGAAGCAUUAGAACAACAAUGGAAUUAUUUGUUUAAUGAUGUUUUGAGAUGUUCUCCAGAAGAAUAUCCAUUAGUGAUAACAAUCCCAUCAAUGAAGAAAGAAAUUGAUGGUGAAGUUUUAGAGAAAUACUUUAGUUUAGUUUUUGAAAGAUUUAAAUUCCCAGUUUUUCAAAUUAUUUUAGAACCAUUGGCUAUAACUUUAUCAUUGGGUAAAAGUUCAGGUUUAGUCAUUGACAUGGGGUCAUCUGGUUGUCGUGUGACACCUAUUAUUGAUGGUACUGUCAUCAAGAAUGCUGUUCUUUCAUCUAAAUAUGGUGGAGCUUUCCUUGAUUAUCAAAUCAUUGAAACGUUACAAAAGAAGCUUGAUGAGGAAGCAACUGCUGUCGUAAAAGGUUCUGCUGAUGAUGAUAAUAAUAAUGUUAAUAUUGGAACCUCACAGAUUGACUUGAGGAAAAAUACUUCCAUAGAGGCUUGGUUACAAUCGAAUACAUGGAUUAAAGAAUUUAAGUCGACUAUGUUACAAGUGACAGAUAAACCAUUACAAGAUGUAGAAAAGCAUCAUAAAGAACAAACAGAAAUGUAUAUCAGACAACAUGAGGAGAUUCAAAGAUAUAAUAGUACAGUGAAAGAUAGUUCGAAUGCUAAUGCUAUAGAAGCCGCUGCUGCAGCCAACAAGACUGCCAUUGAAUCAAUUUAUAAUAAUAAUCCAUUGAAUCAAAAGAAGAACUAUUUGAUAAAACCAAGUCAUAAAACAAUAUCGUUAGAGGCAAGAGAAUGUUAUAAAUUGGCUGAAUAUUUAUUCCAACCAAAUUUAGCAUCAGAAACGUUCCCAUUAGAAGAUGGGUUAGGAGGAAUUAUUGGUAAAUCUAUCAAGAAGGCUGCAGCGACAGUGAGUUCCAUUGGUACAACUGUUUCAACCACAGAUACCAUGGGAGGCAAAGGUCAUAAUAUGGGUCCAUCAUUGGUAUCGCUGCAUAAAAAUAAUAAUACUACUGGGAAAAAGGAUAGUAAUAAUGGACGAGUAUCAGCAUCAUUUAUUACUCAAUCGACAUCAUCUUCAUUAGCAUCUACGAUUAAUGCACUUAAACCUGAACAAGUUUAUGCCAAAUUAUUAACUAAUGUAAUUAUAACAGGAUCAAGUUCAUUAUUAGAAGGUAUGGAACAACGUAUACUGAAAGAAUUAUCAAUAAGAUUCCCACAAUAUAAAUUAACUACAUUUGCGAAUCAAAAUAUUAUGGAUCGGAAAUUUCAAAGUUGGUUAGGUACUGUUACAAUGUCUAAUUUACCGUCAUGGGAAUUAGGGAAAUGGUAUUCUAAAGAAGAAUAUGAAAUAGAACUAGAGAAAGGAAAAAAAGCACAAAAACAAAAUGAGAAAGAGAACGAUGCUGCCGCUAACGCUGCUGACGCCGAUAACAUGGAUAUAGAUAAGGAAGGAGAAAUACAAUAG